AUGAGAUUAAAUGACAGAUUGGAGGAGUCGUUAGAGGAGCUAAAACGAAUAGCGAAGAGGCUUCAGCAAGAGAGCAACUCAGAGGAAGAAUUGAAGAUAAAAAGUGUUGGUGGAGCGAGGGAUGUUAGGAGGCUUACAAAAGAAGAUUCUAAGGCAAGGAUCACUCUAGCUCUUUUGGGCAUCAUUUUGCCUCUUGUGGUGGCGCUUGACGCGGAGGAUCCCACUUCUCAGACUCAGAUCGCAUCCCUUUAUGCGUUGCUUAACCUUGCCAUUUCCAAUUAUGCGUUGGUACCCUUUACUUUCUUUGCUUAUACGUUUCACUUGUCUUCCUUUUCGUUUUGCUCAUUUUACCUACAUUAUUCUUUGGACGAAUUUUUUCCAACUGUUUUUAUAGCCCCAUUCUUGAUAUUGAUUUCUCUUUCGGAUGCAAUCCCAUUUUUGGUGGAAACUCUCAAAGAUUUCAAAGACGAAAUUAGUUCUCAAGCUAAACAGGGCGCUCUACAAGCACUCUACAAUCUUUCCAUCUUGCCUUCAUAUGUGCUUUUGAUGCUGGAGACUGGUCUGAGACCACUUCUGUUGAGCAAGCUGUGUGAUUAG